AUGGCUUUGUUCUGGCUUUGUUCUGUUAGUGACAUAUUUUUCUAUUUGAGUUUGCUACGUAGCAGGGAACUAAAAGGGACUAAAUUGACCGGAUGUUUAAAACGGUCCCAUGAGUUGCCAAUAUCUAUUAAAACGAUUUUAUUUCGAGCAAAUAUACUGAAAGAUCUUCUGGCGAACGAAAUUCGACCAUCCCUCACCCCUUCAUCUAUCAAUAUGGCAAAACCGAUUGGCUGCGAUAUCGAUGCCUGCAGAGAAUCACGGGUCACGCAAAGUUCAAUAACAAUUUUCGUCGGAAAACGUUUCCCAUUAAUUCGAUCGCGCCUGUCGUCGCUUUGAAGAUGGGCUCUUCGCUGAAUCCAAAGAAAAUCAAGGAAGGCGACGACGUUUACUUCGAGUGCAACGUUAGAGCGAAUCCUAGAGCUUACAGAUUGACGUGGUUUCACGAGGAAGAGGAGCUCCAUUACAACGUCACCGCCGGCAUAGUGCUCUCGGACCACUCCCUGGUACUUCAAAGUAUAACUCGAGAAUCCGCUGGAAGGUACACCUGCACGGCAGUCAAUGUCGAGGGCCGCGCCAUCGCCCCGGUGUGCAAGCACGUUUUAAACUCGGCCGGCUGGAGGUACCAGAACGCAACGCCACCGCCAUUGAACGUACCGGAGGAGGUGCACGGAGCGCUGAAGCACGAGACGAUCAGCUUGGUCUGCGAGGUGGACGCGAGCCCGACGUCCGUCAACUUUCACUGGACGUUCAACAGCAGCGGCGACCUGAGCGACAUUCCGUCCACAAAGUACUCCAACGAGGGCACCUCCAGCAGACUCAAUUACACGCCGUCGUCCGACAUGGACUAUGGAACGUUGGGCUGUUGGGCCAGUAACAUCGUGGGACCCUCGAAACAACCGUGCCUGUAUCAGGUGAUCGCUGCAGGCAGACCGUACCCGUUGCAAAACUGCACGGCGUACAAUCAGACUGGCUCCUGGAUCAGGAUAUCCUGCGUGGAAGGGUACGACGGUGGUUUGCCGCAAAAAUUCGUCGCGAUCGUGGACAAGCAACGACUGGAAUCGGCGAACCCAUACUGGGAGCUGGAACUUCGCAUGCCGACAACGGUCGCUCUUUACGCGGUCAACAUGAAGGGCUCGAGUGAUCCAGUGAUCAUGGAAGGAGAAGCGCUAAAAGGAGUGGCCAAGUUCACUGGCGAAUCGACAUCUUCAGUGGACAUGUCACCGAUCCUGAUUGGCCUAGGCGGAACCGCGACCGGUUUGGGCUUGAUCGUGACCGGAGUAUUGAUGGCACUUUGGAGGAAACACGCGGCCACACCGGCGAAACCGAAACCACCCCAACAACCCAGCAUCGCGACUUUCGCUGGUAAAGGAGAAGAGGAAGACGGAAAUCCUGAUCUCAUUCCUACCACUGCCUUGACCAAUCAUCUCACAGAUAGGAAGCUUCUACAUUACGGUUCCUUACCACGGAGGCCACGACAGCUAGAAGGUCGAGAAACAUCUCAUGAUGUAAUAGAAGACUCAGACUAUCCUCGAGCAUCACCAAACUCUUCAAAGGCCACAUCGAUACUCGGAGACGGUAAUCAGAAGUGCCGUGAUCCAGGAAAGCUGCAUUUAAGAAUCGGCAAAGAAAAUGAAACGAGCGUUGUAAUGCACGCCGAUGCGAUGAAGAGCUUAGUCACAAGAUUGACACGCUCCGACUAG